UGAACAAGUUGUCUACAUUCUCACCUAACGCUCGGCCUGAUGACAUAACAAAGUCUAAUCAAAGAUGGAUGAAGCUGCGGACGACCGUGCAGCUAAGCUCGGCUAUACACAAGAAGCCAACUUUAAAGAGAGAAGACUCGUUCCUCAAAAGGUUUUCUACUCGACAAAUACCGGAGACACAAGAAACAGUAGAAGACACAGGCUCAGAGGGUGCGACUGGCGAACACAGAAGUACCAACAGACAGAGGCGACGGAAAGUCCGCGUACCUCCGACUGUGGUCAAUCCGGAUGAGAAUUUCUACUUCUACUGGCUUUGGGUUAUUACCAUCUGUGUGCUCUAUAAUCUUUGGACUCUUAUCGUGAGACAAAGCUUCCCUGAACUACAGAUACUGUGUCAUCGUUUCUGGCUCACUUGUGACGGCAUCGGAGAUAUCGUCUUCGCGUUGGAUCUCAUCGUUCAACUACGCACUGGAUACUUGGAACAAGGACUGAUGGUAUACGAUUCAAAGAAGCUGGCGAAACAUUAUCUGACGUCGAGUUCCUUUUUGUUGGAUAUUGCUGCGCUCACCCCCUUAGAUCUGCUCCAAUUGAAAAUAGGAACGAAUCCUAUUAUACGCUUUCCGAGAUUCUUAAAGGUGUACCGAGCUGUAAGCUGCUACUAUAUGGUGGAAUCUCGUACAGUAUAUCCCAACUUCUGGCGAGUUAUAAACUUGAUACACAUUCUCUUGAUCCUCGCUCAUUGGUUUGGCUGCUUCUACUUCUUGCUAUCAGAAGCAGAAGGAUUUCAGGGUGAUUGGGUGUACCCGCAUAGACCAGGCGACUACGCUACACUAACAAGAAAGUACCUCGGCUCUCUUUAUUGGUCUACCCUCACUUUAACAACAAUUGGCGAUCUACCCACACCAGAGACGAACGCUGAAUAUGUGUUUACCAUCGUCAGUUAUUUGAUUGGGGUGUUUAUUUUCGCGACCAUCGUGGGUCAAGUGGGCAAUGUUAUAACCAAUCGGAACGCUAAUAGACUGGAAUUUGAGAGAUUGCUUGAUGGCGCUAAAACAUACAUGAGACAUCAUAAGGUACCAGGUGGUAUGAAACGUCGGGUACUUCGAUGGUACGACUACUCCUGGUCUCGAGGUAGGAUACAGGGUGGAGGAGACAUCAACACGGCUCUCGGUCUGCUGCCUGAUAAAUUAAAAACCGAACUCGCCUUACACGUCAAUUUAAGCGUUCUUAAAAAGGUGACAAUAUUCCAAGAAUGUCAACCAGAAUUUCUGCAUGAUCUUGUCUUGAAGAUGAAGGCUUACAUUUUCACGCCCGGAGAUUCUAUAUGUCGAAAAGGAGAGGUGGCUCGAGAAAUGUUUAUAAUCGCCGAUGGUAUUCUGGAGGUAAUAUCAGAAACAGGUCGUGUACUCACAACUAUGAAAGCUGGUGAUUUCUUCGGGGAAAUUGGUAUUUUAAAUCUAGAUGGGCUUAACAAACGAACAGCAGAUGUCCGUUCUGUAGGAUAUUCUGAACUAUUUUCACUAUCACGGGAAGAUGUCUUAGCUGCUAUGAAGGAUUACCCUGAAGCCCAAGAAAUACUACAAACUCUUGGUAGAAAACGACUACAGGAAGCAAAAAAUAUGUCCCGACAAAAAGGCAAAGGUGAAACAAGUCCUGAUAAAACAGGUGAUGACAGUACAUCAAAACGCAUUGUACAUAAAUUACGGACCGAUGUUAAGGGAAUACGCAAUGCAAUCAGAAGUAGAUCGCGCGCCGGUCGCAGAUCAGGAGAGUCGGUGGAGCUGCAGUCGCUGUCGAGCUCGGAGCGCGCGGCCGACACCAAGGUGCUGCGGAGGAUGCCUCGCGUCGAGAGUGACGACUCGCAGCCGCACCACCAAGAGGAUAUUGGUGAAACAUCAGGCAUUAAAACUGGUGAAAAAUGCAUUUCCCCUAUUGGUGCUGGCUUACCUUUAUUGUCGAGAUUGAAAUUAUUAAAAGAAAAACAAGAUCGCGAAGAAAAAGUCGCUAAGCAGAGAAAUUCUACAUCUUCUGUAGCAUCAAUAUCUACACCUCAACCAAUUCCAUCAACCAGUACUGCCCCUGAUGUUGAACCUGAAGUUAUUGGAGCUGGGCUUCCUCUAUUACAACGUCUGCUGCUAUUGAAAGCUAAAGAAGAACGAGAAAAAAAUCAGUUAACCCCUACCAACAGUAAUCAACAAUCCAGCUCAGAAACGAUAAGCCCAAGUUCUGUUAAAAGUCCUUUAAGCCCUACAAUUAAAACCUUAAGUCCGAUUAGAAAAGGAUCAGAGUCCAGUUCACCAGGCAGACUACAUAGUCCCACAGCAAAAAUGUCAAGGAAAAAUUCUUCAGGCUCAAGCGACGGUACUUCACGACCGAAAGUGAGCUUCAGAGAUAAAAUACUUCAAGUUCAAAGUGAUGGAACUGCCGUUUCUCAACCUCUAAUAAAAGAUUUAUUAGAAAAACCCGCAGCCGUAGUAGAACCGACACCUAAAACAGAAAGUAACCUUAUAUCUAUACCACAUUCAGUCGUAAGUAAAAUUAAAUCCCCGGCUAAAGCAGUGACCUCCUCAUUUCGAGACAGAUUAAAAAUACUUCAAGGAAAUAGUUCCAAGGAAACUGACGCAAGUUCAUCAGAAAAAAGUAAACAAAAUGAGAAAAAUUCGGCCGAAGUGUCACCAGUUCAAUCUACGGAAAUUAAGGAGGAAAUUAAAAAAGAAAUGAAGAAACCCUGGACUAAGCUGAAAAAAGCUGCGAUAUUAGGUGAUUCUAAGAGUCAAAGCAAAUCUAUGGAAGAAAAGAAACCCGAUAUCGAUUCACCGAAAGAUUUAGUUAUACCUAGUACUGAAAGUAGUAAACUAGAGACAUCUGUUAAUAUAAGAGUACCGGUUGUAACUACAGCAGAGCUCGUUAAGAUUGACAAUAAUAAUGUAAAAGUUGACAGUGAUAAUAUUAAACACGACAAACCUAAAAUUUGCUUAACAGGGCCUUUAGAAUCCGUCCAAGAAAAAAAGGUAGAAGUGUUGUCAACAUCUCCGAAAAAAUAUGAAAUUACGAAAGCCAGUGAUAUCUGUAGGCCGACGAUAACCGCAGGGACAAUGCUUUUACCUAAAGCGAAAAAAUAUAAAUCAAUAGAUGAUUUAUCACCUGAAUAUGGUGGUCUACCUUUUGUCAAAAAACUAAAAAUAUUGAAUGAAAGACAAAAACUUGCAGAACUCGAGAGAGUUGUGAAGUUUAGAAGUUCAAGUUUAGACUGUGCUAGUUCCUCCGAAGAUUUACUUUGUGACACAUUAACCAGAAGUCACUCAGAAGGCAGUACAAUGUACAAAAGAAAAUUUAAAAGGAAAUCAAUCGAUUCUUCUGGUAGUCACGAAUCGAACGAAACAUUAGAGAGAAGAACUCUUAAAUCGAUAUUAAAAAAGUUAUCAGAAGACGUUACACCAGUUCAAAGUCCAGAAAGAAGCAACGAAUUGAGAAAGUUAAUUCGGGCACCAACUAUCGAGGGAUAUGCAGCUAGACAUUCAAAGUUUGCAAAAAGUGUUACAUUUCAUCGACACACUUUACCAUCGCCACCUGCAAGUGCACCUUCAGAUAUCGAUGACGAUGUAUUUCAUAUACCUGAUAGUAAAAAUGGGUCUGUUCCAAAAAUAUCUUCUCCACCUGCUAUAGAGCCCGACAUUGCAGCACCUCAAAAUCAAUUAGUCAGGCCAGAAAAAGAUAUCAAUGAAGAUUUCGAUCGCCUUGUAUUAACUGGAAAUGAAUGUGACGUUCAAGAAGAUAUUGCUCCGGUAUUCGAUAUUAAAUUACUAAGGCCAGAAGAAAUCAAUGUACCACCAGAAAAACCUAAACUUACAGGUAUUUCUGCUGUCGCCAAUCAAAGAAAAUUAUUGCGAGGUUCAUUAGAAGACCAUGAAUAUUUUGGUGAAGUCCUUUUAGGAAUCAAGAAAGUGAUACAAAAUCAUUUACAUGAUAUGCAGGAUAUAUUUCAAGACAGAUUUAGUAACUUAGAGAACGAAGUAAGGAAACGUGAUGAAAUCAUAAGCCAAUUACAGAAACGGAUACAAGAGUUAGAGAAUGUAGAUUUAACUGCAACAAACUUAACUGAUGUACGGGAACAAUGUCCUAAUACAGACAUAAGAAACCAACCGAGUUCUAAAAACGGUAGUUCCGGUAGUGAUGAAGCUUCUGUGGCUGAUGAAGGAUUUAUGAGAGGUGACUCCUUAGAUACAGUAUUCGCCUCAUCUCCGCCAAAUAUAAGCCCUGAAGAAGGAAAUAAACAACCGAAACCAGAAUCCGAAACAAAAGUGGCCGCAUCAAGGAAAAUAAUAUCAAGUGAUGACUUAACAGACGAGAAACUAACAGAAAUGACCGGCGGAAUUGAAUUAACGAAAUUAUCUUAUUCAGAAUUACAAAGCCUUGCAGAAUCAUUAACAAGUAAAACAGAUAAAACGUCAUCUAGCAAAGAACAAUGGUCGUUGAGUAAAUCUAAGAGAUUAGAUCUGAAUCUUGAUGGAAAAGCGGGGACUUAUUCGAGAAAACGAGCUGCAAAAUUAAAACAACGUAAAUCCUGGGAUGACCAAAGUGACCAGGAGAACGUGGAAAUGCAAGAUUUGACUAGACCGAUGUCACCACAAAUGACGGCUGAAGACCGUUCCUUGCUGAGUCCGGAACAAUCCAGUCUCCGUACUUCGAGACGCGGUAUUCAUCCUUUUCACUUCUUUGGCACUCACCUGGACAACACUAAAACGAAAAUUAAGAAAACUCUAUCCGUUGAUACUGGAAUGCAUCACACGGGCAGACAUGAUAGAAGACGGCAACAUCGCAAGUUCAGUUUGGGUUCCUUCUUCGGCGCUCCCGGCAACUGCACUGAUGUCGUCCUCGACGUGGCCAGCGACUCCAGCUGGAGUGACGCGGCUUCAACGUCAUCGAGUAGCGAUUCAGAGUCGAUACCAAGAACACCAGUAUUUGAAGAGUUUGUAGAAAACAGCAGUCGACGCGUCAGAGCGGGCGGAUCCAGGCACGGCAGCAUGUCGCCUAUAAGAGGUAGAGGUGGAAGUGACUGGGAAGUUAUGAUGUUAGCUAAUGAAUUAGAAAAGAGGGAGCGCGAGAAAGAAAGAGAAGAAUCGAGAAGACAUCAUUAUCCAACCACUCUUAGGGAUUUGGAAGAGGAAUCGGAUACACCGCAAAGAGAAGACAGUCCGGAUGAAUUUUCAAACAUCGACGAUUCCAAUUCGUCUUCUACCACACAUCUCCUCUCGCAGUCUGUUAGUGACGCGUCGCAGAGGUCUCUGGAAACUUCCUUUACUGAGAGGAGCGGCGACAGCGCGCGGGAGCCGCGGCAGCGCCGCCUCGCCUCUCUUGGGGAACAGCCAACACGUGAUAUAUCCACACAAUCUCGAGGGUUGAUCUUGCGCGCCGCGAGCUUAGAUCGAGAGACGACGCCCGCGCGGUCACAUACACGCUUCGGAUCCUUAAAGAGUUCCAGCUCCGAGACACACAAGAGACUCUGA